UACAGGGACCAUUCCUCCCUCUCUUCCUCGAUUUGUUUGGAUUGUAAGGAAAAAUGGCAGGGCAUGCAAUAGUUGUUCCGUAUCCAGGGCGAGGCCACAUCAAUCCCAUGAUGCACCUCGCCACAAAGCUCGCCUCUCAUGGAAUCUCUCUUACAUUCGUGCUCACUCAGGCGUGGCACAAAAUCAUCACACAGGCUGAGGACGAUUUUUUCUCCCAUGCUCGAAAGCUUGGUCUGGACAUCCGGGCGGGCCUCAUUCCAGAUUGCGUGGUGGGGGAGUCAGAAAGAUGGGCUAACAAGGCGGCCUUUUUUCUCUCGCUCUCAAACAUGGAAGCUCAUGUGGCCGACCUCAUAUCAAAUCUCAAUCGCUCAGGAGCAACAGUGUCCUGCAUAGUGGCCGACACUUUGCUCAGUUGGGCAGUGCCUCUUACUAAAAAACAUGCUCUCGUCUCUGUUUCCCUGUGGCCAAAUUCUGUGACAAAUUUUUCCCUCUUUUAUCAUUCAGACUUGGUUGAAUUGCAAGGCCGCAUAGAUUAUAUUCCUGGCGUGCCUUCCUUAAAACCGACGGAACUUCCGAACGGGCUUUUCUAUUCCUCCCCUGUGAGCCAUGGGAUUGCGCAGAGUUUUUUAAAUGUGAGAGAAGCGGACUGGGUUGUUGUGAAUUCUUUCCAUGCCUUGGAUUGCAGAGCAGUGGAAGCCCUGCGGCACAAAACCCCUGUGCAGUGUGUGGGGCCUUUGAACAUGCCCUUUACUUAUUGGGGAGAUGGGAAGAGCGAUUCAGAGUCUAGUCAAUGGCUGGAUUCGAAACCGGCCCGAUCGGUCAUCUACGUUUCUUUCGGCAGCUUCAUUAAUGUGGCGAGAGCUCAGGUGGGGGAAAUUGCCGCGGGUCUUAUGCAAAGUGGGUACUGUUUCGUAUGGGCGCUUCGUCCAGAUGCAGAAGCCUCUGAGAUCUGGGAAAUGUUGCCGCCUGGGUUUUUGGAGGAAUGUAAAGAUCGGGGCUUGGUUGAGCCCUGGUUUAGACAGGAGGAGAUUCUUUCACAUCCUUCGGUGGGAGGGUUUUUCAGCCACUGUGGAUGGAACGCCGUUAUGGAGAGUGUUUCGGCGAGCGUUCCCAUGUUGGGAUUUCCUCUUGCGAUGGAACAGUUCCUCAAUUGCAAGCUCGUUGUGGAGGAAUGGAAGUUCGCGGUGAGGGGAAGGAGUAGAGAGGAUGAAAAUAGGAUUAUUGCAGCACAGGAAAUUGCCGGCAAUUUGAAAAUGUUGAUGGAAGGCGAGGAGAGCGCGAGAUUGAGAGGAGCCGUCGAGAGAUUUAGAGAGCUUGCCAAAGAUGAAGUUACCGAUGGACUGUCUGCCAGCAAUUUGAAACUACUUGCCAAUAGGUUGAAAGCAGGCCAUUAGAAGCAAUUUGAGACGGGUGAGUGCUUUCCCCAUAUCUAUCCAUUGUUUGUCUCUGUAAUGGAAGCCACUCCCAAAAUAAUCAACAAUAAUCAGACUGACAAUAAUGAUUCAAUGUCAAAUAGCCAGGUUUGAACAGAACGCCAAAAACCUGAAUCAUCAUUGUUGAAGUUGUUAAUCAAACUUUUAGUGCUAAAGCAUUACGUAGGCCCACGGUAUGGCUUUCAAAUUGGGUGAUUCUUCUUUUUACAGGUAAAAUUCUUAAAAC